AUGGCUCAGCGGUAUGUUAACCAAUUGGUAUACUACAGAAACGAGACUUCUUGUGAUUUGGUUUUUGAUGCAGCAAGUAAGGGGAAACAAUUUUUAAUUGUUGGCACAAAAAAUAAAGCUGCGGAUUUAAUAGCACGGGCUGCAACAAGAGCUCGGUGUCAUUAUGUUAAUAAAAAAUGGCUCGGCGGUAUGUUAACCAAUUGGUAUACUACAGAAACGAGACUUCAUAAGUUCAGGUCCUUGAGAACAGAACAAAAAAUGGGCAGAAUCCAUAGUUUGCCAAAAAAAGAUACUGCUAUUUUGAAGAGACAGUUAUCGCACUUGGAAACCUAUCUGGGUGGCAUUAAAUAUAUGGCUGGCUUACCCGAUAUUGUCAUAAUCGUUGAUCAGCAAGAGGAGUAUACCGCUCUUAGAGAAUGUAUCACUUUGGGAAUUCAAUUUGAAGAAAUCUUAUGCUCUAAUAACGCCAUUUUGGAGUUUUAUCAACAAUUUGCUUGUGUAGGCGGGGAUCCUGUAUUUUCUGAAUCUUUGUGCAAGGAAUUACAAAAAAAAAUUUUUCACCAACGAUGUGAAUUAGGAAGGAUUGGUCGACGAAAUCUGAAUCGAAGAUUGAAUCUUGAUAUACCUCAGAACAAUACAUUUUUGUUCCCACGAGAUAUAUUGGCAGCUGCCGAUCAUUUGAUUGGAAUGAAAUUUGGAAUGGGUACACUUGAUGAUAUGAAUCAUUUGAAAAAUAAACGUAUUCGUUCCGUAGCAGAUCUCUUACAAGAUCAAUUCGGAUUGGCUCUGGUUCGUUUAGAAAAUAUGGUUAGAGGAACUAUAUGUGGAGCAAUUAGACUUAAAUUGAUACCGACUCCUCAGAAUUUGGUGACUUCAACUCCACCAACAACUACUUUUGAAUCUUUUUUUGGAUUACAUCCAUUAUCUCAAGUUCUGGAUCGAACCAAUCCAUUGACCCAAAUAGUUCAUGGUAGAAAAUUGAGUUAUUUGGGCCCCGGAGGGGUGACGGGGCGAACUGCUAGUUUUCGGAUACGAGAUAUCCAUCCUAGUCAUUAUGGACGCAUUUGUCCAAUUGAUACGUCUGAAGGAAUCAAUGUUGGACUUAUUGGAUCUCUAGCUAUUCAUGGGAGAAUUGGUCGUUGGGGGUCUAUAGAAAGUCCAUUUUAUGAAAUUGAUAAGAGAUCAAAAAGAAUACGGAUGCUUUUUUUACCACCAAGUAGAGAUGAAUACUAUAUGGUAGCUACAGGAAAUUCUUUAGCACUGAAUCGAAGUAUUCGGGAGGAACAGAUUGUCCCAGCGCGAUAUCGUCAAGAAUUUCUGACUAUUGCAUGGGAAGAGGUUCAUCUCCGAAGUAUUUUCCCCUUUCAAUAUUUUUCUAUUGGAGCUUCGCUCAUUCCUUUUAUCGAGCAUAAUGAUGCGAAUCGAGCUUUAAUGAGUUCAAAUAUGCAACGUCAAGCAGUUCCGCUUUUUCGGUCCGAAAAGUGCAUUGUGGGAACGGGAUUGGAACGCCAAGUAGCCUUAGAUUCGGGGGCUUCCGCUAUAGCGGAACACGAGGGAAAGAUCUUUUAUACCGAUACUGAAAAGAUCCUUCUAUUGGGCAAUGGGGAGACUUUAAACAUCCCAUUGGUUAUGUAUCAAGGUUCUAAUAAAAAUACUUGCAUGCAUCAAAAACCUCAAGUUCAACGCGGUAAAUGCAUAAAAAGGGGUCAAAUUUUAGCGGACGGUGCUGCUACAAUUUGCGGCGAACUUGCUUUGGGAAAAAACAUAUUAGUAGUUUAUAUGCCAUGGGAGGGUUACAAUUCUGAAGAUGCUGUACUCAUCAGCGAACGUCUGGUCUAUGAAGAUAUUUAUACUUUUUUUCACAUGCGGAAAUAUGAAAUUCAAACUCAUGUGACAAGCCACAGUCCUGAAAAAAUCACUAAGGAAAUCCCACACCUAGAAGCCCAUUUACUCCGAAAUUUAGACAAAAAUGGAAUUGUUACUAGUUUGAAAUCUAAUAAAACCUAA